AAUAAUCUUAGCGUAUGCAUCUUUAGAGAAUCCAACCCCAGAAAGAACAUGUUCCAGGUAACCAAUCAAAGUCCACCACAAAAGACCCAUCCCCAUGAACAUCUCUUACACCCCCACCAAAAUCUCUCUCCCUGUCUCUCAUUUCUCUCACUCAACUCCAGCCCUGAAACCCCUUCAAGACCCCGAGAGCCACAAGUUCCUGAGCACUGAGUACCAACUAGUGUUGUUCUUUUUGAGGUCAUAUCUGCUGACCCUUUAACCUGGUAUCCUUCAAUUUGAUAAAAAGGAAGUGACUUGUGCCUCACAGGCAAUGUUAUCAGCAAACACUUGCACACUCACUUCGAAAAGACUUUUCAAGAAAUACACAUAUGGAAGUAAGAGAAACUUGAAGCUUUUCACUAUCAGAGCUUCCUCUGAUGACUCUGACUGUAAUACUGAAGAAUGUGCCCCAGAAAAAGAGUAGGUUGGGAUGGUGAGUUUGGAGUGGUUGGCUGGGGAGAAAACCAAAGUCGUCGGGACAUUCCCACCGCGGGCUCGUGGUUGGACAGGCCUGCAGUUUAUGUAGCAGAAAGUGCAAUUAGUUCAUUUCUUCUUCUUCUUGUUGGUAAGAGCCCAUCUGACAUAACAACAGCCGAAUACAAUGGGCCAUGGCCAUCUCUCAGUUACUACAUCAACAAAUUUAAGCCAGCAGAAAUUAUCCAAGCUGCAGUGCCAAGCCUAACAGAAUCCAUACAUGCAGAAAGCUCCACACCAGAUUUUUCCAAGAAACAGAUUCAAUCCGCACCAGAAGUUUCUGAAAUACAGGUUCAAUCUCAGUAUGAACCUGAGCCUUCUACUACAAGUGUGAGCAGUGUUUCUUUGGCUAAUUAAACUAGUUCAGUUUCUUGAACUGUAGAAACACAAUUUUUUUUUCUUCCACGCUGCUGACAUAUACUCAGAAAACAAAGAAAAAGCUGUUAACAACGAGGCAUGCUCAAUAUGUAUAGCAUGAACAUAAACAAGCAAAUAGCAUUACGGUAUUUUUUGCAGCAACAAAAAAUAAAAUCAUGCUAUCCAUAUCA